CCGUAGUUGCAUCAGUCCUAUCAGUUUUUCUGUUAGCGGCGCUUCAACUUCCUUAUUUGUUCCCUUAGUACCAUUUCCUCUUUCAGUUACUGAUGUGUCUUUUCUUCAAGAGUACAGCUUCAGAUACGUUUUUUUGGGUCGGUUAAGCUGUCAAAGAAAGAACAAACGAUCAAAUACGCACUUUACAAAGUUAAAUGAAGGCUGUGUGUUGCUGCCAUCGACUUGUCCUCAGUUUUAAAGACUGACAUUACUUUGCUCGUGCUUAGCGGGGGAGCUUGUGCAAGAUUGGUGAGUACAGCAGACGUCGGAUCAUUUAUCGAGAUUUGAACAUUCCUCAAAUACAACAGCAUGAUCAUGUUGUGUCCAUUUCCUGUCUGUCUCCAGCUUUGAUGUGUCCAUGUAUAUAUGUGUUUUAUGUGCUUAUAUGAUGUGACUAAGAGAGAAGGAACAGACAGCGAAUGAAAUGGUGUGUGUGGGCGUGACGACGUGUAUGUAUAUAUGCCGUAGCAACACUGUGUGUUGAGUGUAUGUGAUGUCGGGGGACACAAGCACCCUGUCCUGGAGGAGCAUGUCUCCUACCAGCCAGCCAGACUUCUCGGACGCGUCUCCCACGACAACUUUCUCCAGGGACAACAUCUUCCCGACGAAGAUCAUCAAAGUGUGUUUCCUUAGCAACAACUCUAACCUGGGCAAGAACUUCAAACUGGUCCGCUGUGAAGAGGGAUGGACUGUCAGGUCCAUCAUCAAUGCGGUGCUGUCUAGCGGCUGUGUGGGUCCAGAGAUAAAACACAACCACUGUUAUGGCCUCCUCCUCAAUCACCUCAAGUCCUCAGAGAUACACUGGCUACACCCAGACCUGACUGUGUCUGAACUCACCCAGCGCUAUGAGCAGCAGCACCUUGAGGCUGAGUGGAGAUAUGACCUGAGGAUCAGAUACAUCCCAUCAGACUUCGUCAAGAAAUUCGAUGAUGACAGAACCACCUUGCUCUACUUUUACCAGCAGGUGCGAAGUGAAUACAUGCAGCGGUACGCCUCUAAGGUCAGCGAGGGGAUGGCCCUACAGCUUGGCUGUCUGGAAAUAAGGAGAUUCUACAAAGACAUGAAUCCAAAUGGACUGGAGAAAAAGUCCAACUUUGAACUAUUAGAGAAGGACGUGGGGCUGGACUUGUUCUUUCCCAAAGAGCUGAUCAACAAUAUUAAGCCUAAGCGGUUGCGUCGGAUGAUCCAGGACACGUUCCAGGGCUACUCCACUCUGAAACAGGACGAGUGCAUAGCCAAGUUCUUCAGCACACUGGCUCAAUUCUGCAGCUACACACAGGAGAACUUCGCCUGCCAGCUAGUGCUUGGUUGGGAUGUAGCGAUAGAACUGGUCAUUGGUCCUAACGGCAUCAGUCAACAAAGUGAAGACUUAAACCCCUCCUGUAUGGCUAAAUACUCUCAGGUGCAGAGUAUCUCUACCUCUGCAGAGAGUGACGGUCAGGCUCUGCUCACCGUCCAAAUAGAGGGAUCCAAACAGCCACUGUCGGUGAAAACCUCGUCCCUAGCUGUAGCAGAGAACAUGGCUGACCUGAUCGACGGCUACUGUCGGCUAGAAAGCGGCUCUGAGACCUCGCUCAUUGUCAGGCCCAGCAAAGGGAGAGACACAAGACCAAAACUGCCUGCCAUCCCAACACAACAUGGUGAUUCCAGUGUUCCUGAUAGAGGAACAAAUUCAGAUAUUUAUGCUGAGAUUCCAGAGAAAACAGAAGACUCUUCUGAGAAGUACGGGAUCUCCAGAGAUCAUGUUGUUGUGGGUCGCAUCCUGGGCGAGGGAUUCUUCGGGGAGGUUCAUGAUGGAUUUUAUAAAAGCCCAACAGGGGAGAGGAUCCGUGUGGCCAUUAAAACAUGCAAGGACUGUUCAGCUGAUGUGAAGGAGAAGUUUCUCAGUGAAGCUGGCUUGAUGAAAAAUUUGGAUCAUCCCUACAUUGUGCGUCUAAUCGGAGUCAUUGAGGUUGAUCCUGUCUGGAUCAUCAUGGAGCUCUAUGAACUUGGAGAGUUGGGGAACUAUCUCAAUCAGCAGCAGUACAUCAUCUCAACUACAACGUUAAUCCUGUACUGUCUACAAAUCUGCAAAGCCAUGGCUUACCUGGAGGGCCUCAACAUGGUGCACAGAGAUAUAGCCGUUAGAAAUAUCUUGGUGGCAUCCCCUGAGUGCGUCAAGCUUGGUGACUUUGGUCUGUCUCGCUAUGUUGAUGAUCAAGAGUAUUACAAAGCCUCAGUUUGUCGAUUACCGAUCAAAUGGAUGGCACCAGAAUCCAUCAACUUCAGACGCUUUACCACAGCCAGUGAUGUCUGGAUGUUUGGUGUCUGUGUGUGGGAGAUCUUCUCGAUGGCCCAGCAGCCGUUCUUCUGGCUGGAGAACGGGCAGGUGAUCAAUCAGCUCGAGUCGGGGAUCCGACUCCCAAAACCGCAGCUCUGCCCACCCACCAUCUACUCCCUGCUCACCCACAGCUGGAACUACAGGCCAGAAGCCCGGCCCAGCUUCAGCGAGCUCGUCUGCUCCCUGAGUGAGAUCCACAGAACGGAGCAGGAGGUUGACACGAGGCAUGUUAUAUCACGCUCUGACCCAUCUCUGCUCAGCCCCAAACACACAGAGCCUCCACCCAAGCCAUCCAGAAUACAAGGCAACACCCUUCCUCGGGUUUCACGCAUACCGGCAGCAGACAGGGAUACUAGGCCAGUGUGGGAAAAAGAGAGAUCGCGAGUUGAGGACACUUUACAGAGACAAAGAAAAGAGAUGCUGAUGGAUAAACAGUGGCUGGAGCAGGAGGAGAAACAACUGGAUCCUGUGGUGCGAGUAGAUUCAUGCGCCAAGCCUCCUGAGAAAAGCCCAAAUAAUGGUCCUCCAGUGAAGCCUCCCAUGCCUCCUGCAGACACACAGUCUCAGGCCACAGCUGAGCUGGACCGAUCAGGUGAUCAGGUUUACACUGGCGUCAUGGCGAUAGUGAAACAGGUGGUCCAGCUCAAGAAUGAUGUCAACAGGCUCCCGGCCUCGGAGUAUACCAACGCCGUCAAAGCGGUGGGUAUCACUCUUCGUAGCCUGAUUCAAAGUGUUGAUGAGAUCCUGCCUUCUCUGCACAGCUCUGUUACAACAGAGAUCGAGGGCACAAAGAAACUGCUGAACAAGGAUCUAGGAGAGCUCAUCAAUAAGAUGCGACUGGCCCAGCAGAACUCCGUCACGUCGCUGAAGGAGGAGUGCCAGCGGCAGAUGUUGGCAGCCAGUCACACUCUGGCACUCGACUCCAAAAACCUGCUGGAUGCAGUGGACCAGGCUCGAGUCAGAGCCAACCUGGCCAAGCCCAAACCAGACUCUGAAGAUGCAUAAAAUUCAGAGGAAUGAGGAGCAAACAAGUUCACUGGUGAUCAAAUGGAUGUGGAAUUUACCGUGGACAGCAGGAGGAUGCAUCUGUUUUUCUUCAAGUAAGAAAAGCAAGUAGAAGGUUUUGUGGUUUUAACAUCAGAUCUGUUCCUGUGAAAAUCUGCAGCGCUUCCCUGUAUUCAUGCUAAUAAAAGAUAACAUAAUAUAUGUGAAUUUUCUCUUAAAGAAAUGAAUCAUGGUAAGUUACACUGAGCGUUUCUUACAAGCUAAACAAAUCGAACUGUAUAAACGUAGUAAAGUUUUACUACUGUUUUAUUACUGUUAAUUCUUCGUUUUUAUUAUUUUUACUACAACAUUCGGUACCUCUGUUGUUAUUUCUGAGACAGUGUGUCAACAUUUAUGUAUCCAGUGACAUUUUCAGUUAAUGUCACUGUUUGUGUCUAAUGAUAUUUAUUCAAAGAUGGACUAACUCAAACAUUUCAGUCUGCACUAUCUGCAACAGCUAAAUAUGACUUUGUGAGAAGUGAGGUCAACGAGGUUCUUUGAUUACUUCAAACUAAAUUUGAAUUAUGAGUGAUAAGAAACUCUUUAAACAGACGAUAAUUUCUUGCACAGACAGGAAGGAGGAAAAACAAAGAACUGUAACAGUUUGUUAUUUGAUAUUGUAUCCAAAUCUGUUAUAGGGCCUCCAAAUAUCAAAAUUUGGAUUUUUAAAUCACAAUAUGAUUAAAACAAUUGAGUGCUAUAAGAAUGAUCAAUUAUGGCCAAAAAUGAGGUCAUGGUGGUGCCAGAGGUCAGCGGAAAAGUCAGGGCAUCACCAAAGAAACAAACAUUCAUGAAUGUUUGUACAAGAUUUCAUAGUAAUCUAACCACUAUUUGUUGAGAUAUUUGAGUUUGGAUCAAAGGGGUGUUUAAAAAUGUGUCCAUAAUGUCAUCAUGAAAAUUACUGUUUAGCAGAGAAAAUAAAUGUGUCUUUCUCUGCACUGUGUGCUUGCUUGUCUAAUUUUAUGUUACUGUGAAAUGUUAUUUUGUUUUUUCUAUUUUUAGUAAUAUUAAAAAGCACACCCUCAAAAAUGCAAUGGCUCUUAAUAAUAAUAAUAAUCCAUCCCAUACAUACAUACUGUACCUCCGUAACAGCCAAAGUGUCACUGCUUUUAACUACUUAUCUUUUGACGGUUGUUUCUCAUGCUUGACUUCAUUAUGUGACACUGCAAGACUGAUUUAAAUAGAUUGAAUCGUUUGCGUCCUGUUGUUUUAUCAUUUUGCAGGGACAUUUCUUUGUGUUGCAACUGGAAAAUCAAGCUGCAUGUCCUGAACACUUAAAAUAACCCUUUAAUUCUUUAGACACGUUUUCUGCAGCAAAGUGUAUAAUACAAGAUACAUCCUUAAGUAGCAAAAAGUAGCAAAAAGUGAUUAAACAUUGUUUAUCACUCAUCCUACAGUAUGAACACUUGUUCAUCAUGCACAGAUUUUCCAUAAAAUCACACAGUGCUUCCUAGACGUAAAACACUCCGUCUUUGUCAUUGUUCAUUGUUUCACUAAGGAAAUGAACAUCUAGCCUAAUAACGUACAAUAGUAUGGAAAAUACAUUCUUGUAAAGUGACUGAUGUAAUAAGAUUCAGGCCUCCCAUGUGGAUAAAUCAGCCACAUAUUUUAAUUGUGUAUAUUUUUGAAUGGAGUUCAGCCUGGAGUUUGCACGUAUAUGUCUGGGUCA